GAACGGCCGCGGCGGCGACAGCUACCGCUGAAGCGGCUGCACAGGAGGAAGAAGAGGAGCUGGGCAAGGCGGGAGUCACAGGCGGGAACCCUCGUCAUGGGUCCGCGGACCUAGACCUGCGAAAGCUACCGGGCCGGUGCCGAGCUGGCCCCUGCUCCUUCCUGUAGCGCUCAUGGCUGAGGAGUGGCUGGACUGCCCAGCCCUGGGCCCUGGCUGGAAGCGUCGUGAGGUUUUUCGCAAAUCUGGUGCCACCUGUGGACGUUCAGACACCUAUUACCAGAGCCCUACAGGAGACAGGAUCCGAAGCAAAGUUGAGCUGACCCGAUACCUGGGCCCUUCGUGCGACCUCACCCUCUUCGACUUCAAACAAGGCAUCCUUUGCUAUCCAGCCCCCAAGGCCCAAUCCUUGGCUCUCCCCAGCAGGAAGCGGAAGAAGCCUUCGAAGCCAGUUAAAGCUCGGAAAUGUCAGGUUGGAUCCCAGAGGGUUGAGGUCAGAAAGGAGGCCCCAGGGGGUGAAACCAAGGCUGAUGCUGACACAGCCCCUGCUUCUCUCCCUGGGCCUGGGUACUGUGAGAACUGUGGGAUCAGCUUCUCAGGGGAUGGUACCGGAAGGCAGCGGCUCAAGACAUUGUGCAAAGACUGCCGAGCGCAGAGAAUUGCUUUCAACCGGGAGCAGAGGAAGUUUAAGCGUGUGGGCUGCGGAGAGUGUGCAGCCUGCCGGGUAACUGAAGACUGCGGGGCUUGUUCUACCUGCCUUCUGCAGCUGCCCCAUGAUGUGGCCUCGGGGCUGUUCUGCAAGUGUGAACAGAGACGGUGCCUCCGGAUUGUGGAAAAGAGCCGAGGGUGUGGAGUUUGCCGGGGCUGUCAGACCCGAGAGGACUGUGGCCGUUGCCGAGUCUGCCUUCGCCCUCCCCGCCCUGGUCUCAGGCGCCAGUGGAGGUGCGUCCAGCGGCGCUGCCUACGACAUCUUGCCCACCGCCUGCGUCGCCACCAUCAGCGAUGUCAACGACGCCCUCCCCUAGCUGUGGCUCCCCCUGCUGGUAAGCGUAGCCGCCGCAGAGGAGGCUGCGACUCCAAGAAGGCUGCCAGGCGGCGCCCCCGAACCCAGCCACUGCCUCCGCUUCCCCCAUCACGGCCUCCAGAGUCCCCAGAGCUGCACCCCAGAGCCCUGGGCCCCUCAUCACCUGCCGAGUUCAUCUAUUACUGUAUAGACGAGGACGAGCUACAACCUUACACAAACCGCCGGCAGAACCGAAAGUGUGGGGCCUGUGCAGCCUGCCUGCGGCGGAUGGACUGUGGCCACUGUGACUUCUGCUGUGACAAGCCCAAAUUCGGGGGCAGCAACCAGAAGCGCCAGAAGUGUCGUUGGCGCCAAUGCCUGCAAUUUGCCAUGAAGCGCCUGCUGCCAAGUGUCUGGGCAGGUUCCGAGGAUGGGGCAGGGUCGCCCCCACCUUACCCUCGUCGAAAGAGGCCUGGAUCGACUCGACGGCCCCGUCUGGGCCAUACCUUGAAGCCCCCCUUGGGCACACCCACAGCCCGACCAGACCAUACCCAGACUCCAAUGAAGCAGGAAACAGGCAGUGGCUUUGUGUUGCCCCCGCCUGGCACUGACCUUGUGUUCUUACGGGAGGGUGCAAGCAGUCCUGUGCAGGUGCCUGGCCCUUCACCAGCUUCUACAGAACCCCGGUUGCAGGUGAAGCAAGAGAAGGCGGAUGCCCAGGAAGACUGGACACCGGGUACAGCCAUCCUGACUUCUGUAUCGCCGCCUGGCUGCCCCAGCAAGGCAGUAGACUCAGGCCUGCCACUUGUGAAGCAAGAACCACCUGACCCUGAGGAGGACAAGGAGAAGAGCAAGGAUGACUCAGCCUCUGAUUCGGCCCCAGAGGAGGAGGCAGGAGGGGCUGGCACGCCAGUGAUCACGGAGAUUUUCAGCCUGGGUGGAACCCGCCUUCGGGACACAGCAGUCUGGUUGCCAAGUCUGCAGGGCAGGCAAUCGGGAAGGGAAGAUGGAUAUAAAGUGUGGGAGACCGAGGACACAUUGGCGCCCACAAGCACAAGCUGGACCCCCCGCAGAUGGCCUGGAACCUAUGUCAUUCUCUCACCACCUCCAACUUCGAUGAUGUGGGUGUCCUGCAGAAGAAGCUGGUGCCCUUCAUCACAGAGUUAAAUAUGCAUCGGGCCUAGCAAUUUGAGAAGCUGAAGGAAGAUCCUGGGGAAGGUGGAGCAGCUGCAGACCUGGCUCCACACCUUGGAGGCCAGCCAGCAAAUAAAUGACAACAUCUGAACUGCAACAGUGCCUGGUGCCCCUGCACCAACCUUCAAAGUGUAAAAACAAUAUGCUGCUGUUUCACUUCUGCCCUCCAGUUAGCACAUAAAAUGUUUCUUGUGGCCCAUUCUAACCGGAAGCAUAUGGGGAAGGGAGUUCUGGGAAACCUAGACUAGUCAAGGUGACAUAUCACAAAGCCACCCUGUCAUGAAUCAGCUCCAAAGGGUCUCACUACUCACCUGAGGAUAAGUUGAUAAAGCUACAUUGCUGGAAAUGCAAAGCGGAGGAAGACCAUGGGUUUCAUGGUGACCCCAGCAAUACAGAAAUUGCGUCAAACCCACCCAGUAGAAAUGUGGGUCUCGGCUCUUUGCCACAAGUAUUGAGAACCUGGCCCGUGGUAGGCACUGAACUUAAUACUGGGGUACAGGAAUGAAAAAGACAUGGUCCAUGCAAUUUUAUUAAAUACAUCAAUAUGUAUUGCAAAUGGUGAAUGGAUUUCCAACUUUCAUGGAAUUUAAUGGUGAAAAUAUAGAAUUCAGAAAACUAUCAAGAGGAUAGCCCUUGUAUGAACCUUGUUGGGGCACAAUAGGAAUUGGUAAUAAUAUAGUUUCUGUCUCUAAACUGUUCUAUUUUAAAAUUAUUUUUAAAUA